CGUGGAUGGUUCAGCGUCCUUGUGUCUCAGUGGAUCUGAUCCCGUCGGGAACCUGGAGAGCUUCGAUUCCCUGCCUUCCCAUCAGAAGCGCCUCUUCGCUCUGUCGCAGUGACAGGAACCAGUUCCCAUGCCGGCCGCGCUCCUCGGACUGUGGAUGAGAUCGCGGUGAAUUGCCGGGGCAUUGGAUGUCACCUGCAGACUCCAUGGAUUACGGGCGGACUAUGGCCCCUCCGGUGCCGCCGCACAAACCCAAAGCCGCGGGGCCGGGGCAGGGCCAGGAGCGGCUCCUCAAGUGCGUCCUUCUGGGAGACGGAGCGGUGGGGAAGACCAGUCUAGUGGUCAGCUACACAACCAAUGGAUACCCAACCAAAUAUGUCCCCACUGCAUUUGAUAACUUUUCAGCUGUGGUUCAGGUGGAUGGGAGCCCAGUGAGACUACAACUAUGUGACACAGCAGGGCAGGAUGAGUUUGACAAACUGCGGCACUUCUGUUACAGUCGCACCGACGCUCUGCUGCUGUGCUUCAGCGUGGUCAGCCCUGCCUCAUUUCAAAAUGUCUGGGAAAAAUGGGUCCCUGAAAUCCGUCGCCGCUGCCCCCUCACGCCGAUCCUCCUGGUCGGCACGCAGUGCGAUCUUCGAGAGGACGUCAAGGUGCUGAUAGAGCUGGCGAGACGGAGAGAGAGGCCCGUUGCAGAAGAAGACGCCAAAGCAUUUGCAGAAAAAAUGGGAGCCGUCACAUAUGUGGAGUGUUCUGCGCUGACGCAGAAGAACCUAAAAGAGGUGUUCGAUGCAGCCAUCUCAGUGGGGCUCCGGCACUCUGACAGUAGGGCGCGUCGGGAGAGGAAAGUCCGGAGCACCGCUGAUAAGAUGAAGAUGCUGUCUAAGUCAUGGUGGAAGAAGUACGUGUGUGUCCAGUAGGAAGGGCGGAAACUGGAGUUUUUGCAGCCGACUCAAAACUGGAACUGUUGUGGUUUCGAGAGAGACUGUGUUAAAUGUGAGGACUUUAUGGUUACAUUCCGAUGGAUGAGAAGCAGAGAGUGUUGACCUGAACUUUGUAGGUUGCAGAUGGUUUCACUUCAGUGAGGAAAAAGAAUAACUGACCAGCGUUCAACCAAAAA